GUCGGUUGGGUGACGACGGUAACUCGUGGUGGGGCACACCGCGACGCGUCUCCCAAUUAAUCACAUGUACAAAGUUGUAGUACCUGCCGUCAAAGACAUGUCAUGUCGCAACAAAUCGCAAUAUUCCACGACAUGAAGGUGUUUCUGUGAUAAGGUCAUCGUUAUUGCGGCGAUCAACAGAACCGGGCUUGCAAAAUGUCUUCCGUCGAAGGAGAUCACAAUACAAACGACACCAGUGUGAAUCUCGGUGAUCAUGAUCAUGUCGGCGACAAAGACAAACUCGGCGCUCUCCUGGAUGACAUCGAGGCAGCUUCCAAAGUGCCCUCCAAACGCCGUCAAACCAGCAUAAAGCCCACCGUCGAAAGCUUGACCUCGGUGCUCUACGACAGGGGUGCGUUGCCCGAUGAGCUCGCCCGUCUGGUUGACCUGGUCACUCUCACCAACCAUCUGGACCAAGCAUCCAAGGGCGCCAUCAUCAAAAACCUGUAUCCAGUGGGCAAGCUGAACAGCGAGUCCGUCCUGAAAGUGGUUUGUGCCUUGGGCCAUGGCCAGCUCAAGCCCUCCUUUCCGAUCCAGACUCUUCUUCUCAAAUGGCUGAUUAUGGUCUACCACUUGCUUCAAGACACCAGCAUAUUGUCCCAGACUUAUGGUGUCCUUUUCAACCUCCUCGACACUGCCGCCAUCAGGCCGCAAUUAUGUCAUGUCUUGGCCCUCAUCACGCGACGAAAACACGUCAAGCCUUUCAGGAUACAGACUAUUCUGGCCUUGUCCCGGCAGACGGGCAACGAUCCGAAUUUGACAGGCCUCCUCCGAGUUUUCAAAAACUACUAUCCGGAAAUUAUUGUCGGCGAUGCUGCCAACGGUCGCGCAGCUACCUUCAAGCAUCCUGACCCGCAAUGGCGAGCAAGAUUAGAUGAGAUCCAGCAGCAACAAACUGAAGCUGUCCAAGAUGGCACAGUCAGGAAUGGCUUCGCUGUCAGGUCUGCGUUUGGCCGCCAACAAAGGGGGGCAAAGGGCAUCCUUAUUCCGGCUGUGCAUACCCUGCAUGCUCAAGAAAACUCUGUCACUCUUGAAGAGGUCAAUAGUCCAAAGUCCCUGGCUGAGAACCUGGAAAAGAUUGAGUUGCCGACGCAGCUCAUAGCAGUGUUAGCAGACCCCCUCCUCCAGAAACUUCUGGUCCUCCGGCCAGAUGCCGAAGGUUUAUCGCGGGUGAAUAAUUGGGUAACAGCGUGCCUGGACGAUGUUCGAAGUGGAGAUGCCGACCCAAGUCUGCUACUUGACAUGGUAGACAUCAUUCAUGACUAUGCUGCCAGCACAAAGACACUACCACCUCUCCUCAUCAAUUUUUUCCGAGAGUUUCUGCAGGUCUGGGACGGCAGAGACAAAAGAGAAAUAGUCGUAGAGACUCUGAGCUUCCUCCCACUAAUGAACUUUAAAGAGCUCUACCAGAUCCUCCUCCAGCCCUUCGAAUCCGUUCUCCUCGACAAUACCUCCGAAUCCCAACUUUCCCUCCUAACUUUUUACACCUCCCUCCUCCGACAAUGGACCCUCACCAUGCUCUCCUCUGACUCAACCACCCUAUCCUCCUCCCCGGCCCCUCAGUCCAUCCCAGCCCUCAUAGCCCACGUCAACACUCUCUCCCUAACCAUCGCCCAAACCUCGCCCACGGUACCCACCCACCUCCUCAUCCUCGACUUCUACACCCUCGUCGCCACCCGCAUCUUCUCCUCCCCUUCCCUCCUCAAGCACAUCCCCAUCACCAUCCCGCCUUCCUUGCUAAUUUACACCCUCCACUUCUCCCACUCGCUCGAAGUCGUCUCCCGACUCUGCGGCAUCCUAGCGACCUACAAGCGCGCGUGGGAAUCCGUCAUGGUUUCCACCUCCCCGUCCGCUCGCCCCUUGUUUGCAGAGGAAAGACAGCAAAUCACCACCUUCAAUGCCUUCCUGAUGGAUCUGUGCAAUGUCCUCUGGCGAGGCCGGGCGUUCGCCGUCAGCGAUGCCAACGCCAAGGGAUGUCUUGUGCCUAGAACGCUGGAAGCGGCGCUGAGGGGGUACCUCAAGAAGGUGGAGCCCGAUGGGGAGCUGGUUCUCGGAUCCGUGUUUGGAUUAAGUCACAGUCCGGUGUUAUGUUUGCAGAGCAUUUCGUUCCUGAGGGAGUUGGAGGAUCGAGAGUUGGAAGGGGAGAUGGAUAUUAGUGAUCGCGGAUUGAGGGCGAGACAUGCAGGGCCGGUUACACAGCAGAGUCUGGCGGCGCUGGCAGGGAAGGGAGGGUUGGAGAUUAGUUGGCAGGAGUAUAGGGCGGGGGUGUUGAGGUAUUUGGAGGAGAGAGGGUUUAAGGGGGUGCCAGAGUUGAUGUAUAACACGAUGAAGAACUUGAUGAAGGGGAGGCAGUAGUUGUGUUGACUGUCGUCAGUGGAGGAUGUUGGCAGAGGUGGCAGCAAAGGAGGGAAGAAUACUGCAGGGUGGUCGAUUUACUCUGUUGGGGAUAUCC